AUGACUUGCGCUAUUGUGUUUCGAUACCACCAUGUUCGAGGAAAAAAUUCACGAAAAAAGAAUUACAAUUUGUUCAGUGGAAGAGGCCAUUGUAAAGAUGAAAAAUGUCCUGUAGAAGUUACGGUCGAAGUUGAGGAUGAACCAAAAAACAAAGCCAGUCCAUGUUUAUUUAAGGUGGUGAUUAUAGGCGAUAAAAAUCACCCUUCAAAGGAGGAGACCAUGGCUCGUCAAUUAACUGGUGAUGUUCGGGAAGCGAUGGUGAAACAAGUUCAAAAAAUAGGAGCGCUAGGUGUUUAUGAACGUAAUUUACGAUAUGCUAACGAAGAUCCUCUGAAAGAAGGCAAUUUUACUGAAGUACCGUCAAUAGAUGUGCUGAAGACAGCUAAGCAACAGUUUAAUAAGAAGUAUCGUCUCGAUGAAGAUUAUUUUAAAGAAUUGCGCAUGUUUGGAUUUUUUACUCGAUGUACUGAUGACGAAUCUGAAGAUAUUAAAGGCGAGAAUUUUUUUGAAUUUUUGAAUUAA